AUGGCCUCCGGUCCAAGAGCAAAGGCAGCCAGCCUCAGGCCGCUCCUCGCCAGCCCCAAGUCGCCGAAGUCGCGUCCGCCGCUGAAGGAGCUGAGCCAGCUGCACAGGCCGCCGAAGUGCUGGCCCCUGUCGCCCCGAAGCCAGGGCUCCCUGGGCUCACAGGUGGCGCUUUGUGCGGCGAAGGACCUCAAGCGAAGCUUCCACAAGAAAGCCUCCAUGCCCUACGCUGCACUCUUCCUCGCCGACCUGCGGGGCAGCGAGUAUCCCCUGGCGCCUUGGAAGCAACCGAUGUGUGGAAGCUGUGACCUUAUGACCAUGAUGAUGAUUGGAGGAUUAUGGUUUUGCUGGAUGCAGCUCUGGAUUUAG